UGGAAGGCUGGUUGAUAAAUAUAAAUUUAUAAGCACCAAAUAUUAUUGAAUUUCUUGAAAAAUAAGACCAUCUUGGAUAAGAACAGCAAAUACGUUAUAUCGUUAUAUAUUGAAGAUUCAUUGUGAAUCAAAAUAGUUGCGUUUUAACGUUGCAAUCCGCCGAUCGGGUGAGGUUGUGAUACAGAGAUGCCAGCUCGUGGCAUAAACAAAAUGCCGCCAAAGGUGGUUUACCCACCAGGCUGCAAGGAAAUAUCUCCGGACAUGUCUAAGGAAGAGUUACUCAAGCGUUUGAAGUUGCUUGCUAAAUGCUUUCAAGAGAUGGGUCAGGAUGACAAUGAGAAGUAUCAAGGCUUGGCGGUGUAUCUCGCCUCUGAGCUCUUCCUUGACCAUAACAGCAAGGAUGUCAAACUGCUGGUUGCUUGCUGUAUUGCAGAUAUUUUCAGAAUAUUUGCACCUGAAGCCCCAUAUUUGGAUGAUGGCCAUGUGAAGGAAAUCUUCACGUUCUUUGUGGAUCAACUCCGUGGGUUAGAAGACACUGAAGCACCAUCAUUCAAACGAUACUUCUAUCUACUUGAGAAUUUAGCAUGGGUCAAAUCCUUCAAUAUCUGCCUCGAGUUUGAAGAUAACCAAGAGAUAUUCUGCCGCCUCUUCAAGCUUAUAUUCGGUAUAGUUAGCACCAAGCAUUCGAGCAGGGUGAAAAAUUUCAUGUUAGACAUGAUGUGUCCUCUCAUCACCGAGGCAGACUCUGUCUCUCAGGAGCUACUCGACAUCGUACUACUCAACAUCAUUGAACCAAACAAGGACCUAAAUAAGGAAGCUUAUCAACUGGCGAAAGAUCUCAUACGGAGGACGGCCAAUGCGAUAGAGCCUUACAUCCAAGCAUUCUUCAAUAAUGCACUGAUGCUGGGGAAAACAUCAGAGAGUGAGGUGUCCGACCACCUCUUUGCCCUGAUUUAUGAGUUGAACCAGAUCUCCCCUAGUGUCCUUCUGGCUGUUCUGCCGCAACUAGAGUAUAAACUCAAGAGUAAUGACGACAAGGAGAGAAAGUCCGUCACACACAUACUAUCGAAGAUGUUCUCUGAUAAGAACUCUGAUCUUGCUCAAACGAAUAAGAACCUCUGGCUGUGUUAUCUUGGCAGGUUCAAUGACAUCAAUGUUCAAAUUCGCACUCUCUGUGUGACACAGUCUCAGCACUUUAUACUUAAUCACCCAGAAUUAAUAAAGGAUAUCACAGAACAACUAAAGAUGCGACUUCAUGAUCCAGAGGAGGGUGUUCGCAUGGAUUGUGUCCUUGCCUUGAUUAAUGCUGCCAAGAAAGAUUUGCAGUGCAUAACCAGUGAACUGCUCGAGUUGAUAAAGGAGAGGACACUCGACAAGAAGUUCCGAAUCCGUAAGGAAGCCCUGCUUGGCCUUGGCUGGAUCUAUAAGAAGUGUCUGAUGAAGGAUGAGCCAGAUCCAGAUGAAAUGAAGCGAGUCGGAUGGAUCCGUGACAAAAUGCUCCACGGGUAUUACCAGAUCAAUCUCGACGAUCGCAUCCUCAUUGAGAAAAUCUUUAAGUUUUAUUUAGUGCCCUACACAAUGGAUGCGGACGCUAGGAUGAAGACUCUGUACCAUCUCUAUGUCAAUUUAGAUGAUAACGCAGUGAAGGCCCUGAAUGAGAUGUUACGUUGUCAGUAUCACGUUGUUUCUUUGGUACGACAGUUGAUCGAUGUUGUGGAGAAGGAGGAUACUCAAGAAAUGAGGCAGUUGCUGGCAGUGAGAGUCAUGUCCCUGACUCGGAUGCUGCCUGAACAGACUCGUAAUCAUGAGAACAUGAAGAAGUUUGCACAAAUCGUGAAAGAUGAUCCAAUCAUUCGCCAGAAUCUGAAGACUUUAGUCUCAAGUAAUUGUACUUGCAAGAAGGCUGAAGAAUGCGUGAAAGAAAUUCUGAAGAAGACGGGCCAUCCUACUCCACAGAAUGUGUUCUACACAUCUGUGAAGAUGUUGAUGGAGAGAAUAGCACCAGUGCAUAUUGAUGUCAAUGCUAUGAAGAUACUGAUGAAGCUUGUGAAUGAUUCUGUCAGUGGCAUUGCGGAUAUUGACGAUGAUGUCCACGAUUGUGGAUACAAAGGAAUGAAGUUAUUACAAAGUUUGUCGACUGUCUACCCGGGUGCCUUUGAUAGUGAUGAGAUAUUCCGAUAUCUCCUUCCUCAUCUGAAGAACGAAGUGGAUGAAAUAGUUGAACUGGCCAUUCAGAUAUUCAAGAACACUGGUGUAAACAUCCAGGAAGAACACGAGGAUGUCUAUGAUAAUAUGCUGCCCGUACUAGUGGAACUGGCCAAGGAAGGGACACCAGAGCAGGCCAAGCAGGCUGUCAUGUGUAUCAACAUCAUCAGUGUCAACAAACAACCCAUAUUGAGCGAGAUAUUCGACGUUUUGAAACAGUCAUUAGAUCCGGAGGCGAAGAAUUUCCAGACUGCACUGGUUUCACUUGGCCACAUUGCCCAGAUGUGUCCUGGUGAUUUUGCCGUACAAAUGAAAAAUACGAUUGUGCAGUCGAUUGUGAAAAACCUUCUGAUGAAGAACCCCGAAAAACCUACAAAGUCCACCCAGAGAAGAAUGUACGACUCGUGGUGUGACGAUGAUAAAGUUCCCAGGGAUACAAAGGCGAAGAUGCGUGCAAUGAAGUUGAUGGUGCGUUGGCUGAUGGGGCUCAAGUCCAACACCAUGGCGGAGAACUCUGGCAAGUCAACGCUUCGAAUGUUAUACACCACCAUAUUACAUGAAGGGGAUCUCAUGGAAACUGAACAUCUCAGCAAAGCUGAGAUGGCUCGGUUACGACUCCAGGCCGGAUGCUGCAUGCUGAAGCUUGCCCAGGAGCCGGUUUAUGCUGACUUGAUUUCAUUGGAGCAGUUCCAAGGUCUAGCCAUACUCAUCAAUGAUGAUGUUUACGAAGUAAGGACGCGGUUUGCGGCAAAACUGCACAAGGGUCUCAUGAGUUUGAAGUUGAGAUUAGAAUACAUGAGUAUCCUCUGCCUAGCUGCCAAUGACCCCUUGAAGGAACGACAGAAACAAGCCAAAGGCUACUUGCAGAGCAAUAUCAGCAAGCGACGUGAGAUUCUCAAGAAACAAGCUGGAGCUAAUGAGCUGAUGUUUACCAUCUUGCCUGACUAUGUGCUACCAUACGCUGUCCACCUUCUUGCCCAUGACCCAGAGUUCAGGAGCAUCAAUGACAUCACUGUACUUAACAACUUGAAAGACUGCCUGUGGUUCAUUAUGGAGCCGCUGAUUACCAAGAAUGACAACUAUAGCUACAACUUCUACGCCAAGAUCUUGGACACUAUCAAGCAGAUGAAGGAUGCUCAGGACCCAGACAAUGAAGAGGCCAACCAUAAACUUUACGCUAUAUGUGAUUUAGCAAUGGGCAUUAUCGCGACAAAGACCACCUCGUUCAUGCUGAAGGACUUCCCUGUAGAGCCGGUUCUGCCAAAGAAACUCUUCAUUGAAGACAAGUCAUUUACAAACAACACCAAGUUCUACCUUCCUCAAGAAUUUGCCUUCUCUCCUCCAAAAAAAAAACAAGCUGCUGCAUUGAUGCACGGUGCCGCCCAGAUUGCCGCGAAGCCCAACAAGUUGUUAAACGGUGUUGUAGAAACCGACCGCCCAGCAUCACCUGGAAGUGUCACCUCAGGGAAGAGUAGUGGCUCUAGUGUUGAUGUCAAGAGGAAACCUGAAAAGAAAGAGCCUGUAAAACGCAGUCGUCCGGCCAAAUCCAAGGGACCGAAUGCUAAGAAGGCGCGUCUGUCUUCACCUCCGACAACAGUGGAAUCACCGGUUCAAAAUGGAGUAAGUCCGCAAUCAUCGGGCGAGUCCUCUACCUCUUCAGCAAAAUUAGUGAAGAAACCAGUAGGGAGUCUCGUACAGUCCAAACUGUCAUUCACAAAGGAUUCUGGAAAAGAAAAUGUGAAAUCGUCUCCGGUUAAAAGUAACUUGGGAAAUGUAAAAACGGCAGCAAAAACGUCCGCAAAGGAUACCGCAAAAGCGGACGAAAAACAAAAAAAGGAAGUCAGUAAGAAAGGAAAGAAGGAUACGGGUGACAAAACCAAAAAGGAUUCUACUGAUUCUCCAAAAGUAAAUGAAAAAACAAAAAUAGACUCUGACGUAAAGGCAAAUAGUGCAAAAAAAACCCAAAACUUGAAUGAAAAGAAUGCGAGCAAUGAAAGCCCCAAGAAGAAUACCCCAAAGGUUAUAAACCGGACACUUGGUAAUAACUCGGUCCGUGGUGUUAGCGAAAGCCCUGUAAAAGGCUCAAGAUCAUCGAGUCAGGAGUCCACAGCCUCUACUCGUAGCUCGAGGGGAUCAAUUACGGUAAAAUUAUCCCCCCCAAAAAAGAAAAUGACAAAUGUUAAGAAAAACGUCAAAGUGGUGUCAAAAAAGUUGAAUUCCUCGCCGAAGAAGACAGUUGUGAACAAUAAGUCACGAACAAAGGGUUUGCCAGUGAGGCCAAGUCCGGUGAAAUCAAAAUCCUCACCGAACAAAAAGACACUCGGGGCAGGAAAAGUAUCUCAGUCCAAAAGUGUAAAUGCAGCGAACUCUAGGAAAUCGGUGUCGUCGCCUUCCAAAUCUGUGUCAUCUUCGUCGCUGAAAUCAGGACCAGCGUCGCCUCGUAAUUCCAAGUUAACAAGGGCAGGCAAAAAUUCUAAACCGUUACGUGGACGUAAUAUGUCAAAGUCUCCUGCAACUAAGGUCGGACAGAAACGACCUGCUACGAAAAAUUCCAAGAAUGCCAGUCCUGCCAAGAAGGGGAAAUCGACACCAACAGCAGCCAGGAAUGUUAAGAAGGUAGUAAGAAAGUUGAGUCCUGAAUUAAAAAGGUCGUCACCACAGCGAAAGCGAUCCUUGUCAAGUCAACCUGCUUCUCCAGCAAAGAGGUCCAGAUUGUCCAAGUCUGGGAGCCAGAGCUCGUCAACGACAAUACCGUCCACUUCCUCCAGCAAGUCCCCCUCCCCAAUGAAAACCCUUCCUUCCAAGUCUUUGCCACCAAAGAAGAGACCCAAUGUGCGGCGUGCUGCUAUUCCAAAUGGUACGUCUGACGGCGGCAGCACCCAAUCAUCACGCUCGGCCUCUUCCUCACCUCGUAAAAGUCCCAGAAAACCGAUCCCUAAUAAAAAGUUCCAGGAUGAGGAUGAAAUCAGUGCAGGCAUUCAACGAAAAACCAAGACGAAGAGGCGAUAAGGUUGACACUUGUAAAUAACACACAAAUAAAUCACACGGCCAUCAGUAUUUUAGAGGUACAGGACAGUUAGGACCAUGGCACAUCACCCUGAAAGACUUUUAAUUUUGUACAAGUGAUUAGGCUCUGUAUUGUGCUGUCAGCAGAAUUUCCUUCAGUCUCUGGUUCAUUGAUUGAACGGACAAAUUGUGUCCUUAUUUUUUAAUUGGUUUCUUGACAAGAGUUGUGAAUGUCCUCCGGUCUUUUGUUGGAGGUGUUUCUCUGUAAAAACAUUGAAUCAACGUUUUUGAAAAAAUUUUUCUGCUGAUGAUUUAUAUUGAAUGAAUGAAUUUUGAAUUCUCUGCGCAUUUGUAAGUUACCUUGGUUACAAUUAGUACAAGCAUCUGUUUGAUGUGUAAAAAUAUUGUAGUAUUGAAGAAAUGAUAUUGAAAAAGUUUUUGAAAGUUACAGUCCAAUUAUUGUUCAUGCUACAUUUUCCCUGAUUGAGUUUCUGGAUCUAUUCUUAAAGGGGUACGCCGUCUGUAAUUACUUGUGGUCCAGUUAAAUAGAAAUCCACCAAUACACAAUGCCGUAGUGCAGUUAUUUGUGAACAGCGUUCUCCAACUUUCAGAAAUCCGCCUUGGCGGCAAAGCCGGCCAGUGAGCGCCAUAGGCGUGAGCUGUUCCCCAAACGGGGGGUCCAGGGGUAUUUCCCUUAAAAAACUUCAAAAUUUGGGAGGCUUAGAUGUAAUUUCCUGGCACCUGAGGAGAUGAUUUUGACGUUUUUAUCGUAGCUUCGACACAGGCAUUUCUGUGUGCGACGGAAGCUUUGAGCGCCGGACAUGGAAAGAACAGACAGAAAGUCGCAAAACCGCCGGGCUGGUAGUAGGCUACUAGCCGCUACGUAAGCGUUCGCCUACUCACAUUAAGAAAUUUUGAGCGAGCAGUCACAAUUCCAACCAAUAGAAUAAAAAUAUGCAGGCCUACCCAGUCAAAAGCGAUGUCCACUUCGCGCGCCCAACUCAACUGCACUGCCCGAAGUACUACCAUUACUAUCCACGUGUUCCGGCAGACGAGAGUCGGCCCAUAUCAAUCACCCGUAGCCUUGGCAACGAGGUCAAGGGAGUGGACAAUUAAGCGUACCUGUACCAUCGGCUAGCGGCAGAGCGGGGACGGUUGUUUUUGAUUAUGAUAAGAAGAGAUCGUAGACUAAACAAGUGUGCUUGCAGGUGUGCCGCAGGUGGAUGAUAAUAGCUGUCGGCGUAAAAUCAGCAGUCUCUUUCAAUUAAUAUACAGGGUACAACGGGAUCAAAUGAGAAGAUACGUGAUACAUGAUUUCAAUUUUAUUUGGCUUGGCGGGUGAAAAAUCCGGCAAGGCGGCCAAGGAUGGCAACCUGGCGGGCGAGUCACUGGAAAUUUUCGGGAUGGCGGCCUACGAUCUCGCCAUGGCGGCCCGCCAUGGCCAUUAAUGGGGUUGGAGAACGCUGGUGAAUACAAAUUUGUUUAAACUUGGUGUUCAUAGUACAUGUAUUUGUAUAUCAGUCUUCACAACGGAAUUUAUAUUUAGUACGUAUUUCUGCAAUUGGACAUUUUUAAAUUCAAUUACAAAUUCAAAAUUUUAACAAACGGCAUAAGCCUUUAAUGCGGUGAAGUAACUUAGACUUGCAAUAUGUCUAUUACAGGUAUUGUUUGCAGAUGCAUAGUACAAGUGGAAACAAGUUGUUUGGCCAAUCGAAUUACAUGUAGGUACCAACUGUGACCACAAACUGCCCCAAAGACCACGUGAGCCAUCUCUGAGAUAAAACAAGUGGGGAUCUGAUCUGUCCCUAUCGUGGUGUGACAAUCCGUGUAAAAGUGAAUAUGCACGUGUAAAAUUACUUGCUUGGACUGGGGUUUACAUCAAUUUCGGUUACAGCAGUCAAUAAUCUUCAUCUUGGAAGUGUUGUUAUGAUUUAUGCGGCUCUUUGAGUUGAUUUGCUAUAGCAAUUCUUUGCAAUUAAUUUUUAUUUCAGUUAUGAAACAAAUGGAAUAAAACAUGUGCAUUCUUAGCCAUGUUUCCUGUAAAGAGUUGUCCCUGAGUUGUGGAUCAGUUGAGUUAACGAACUGGUGGCUUCGUAGACAUUCUGAAUUAAUUCAUCGCUUUAUUCAGACACUCCAACCCAGAAGUAAAACCAGGUUUUUUAUAUUGUAUAUAGUAUUGUUUCAUAUUUGUUUUCCUGGAUAGCUUGUACAUUUAUAAACUAUAUCUUUUUCAAAAUGUACUCGUGGCAUUUGUCAACUACUGUAUCCCGGAAAUAUUCCUGUUCCUUAUAUUUUCGUGUCCUCAGAUAAUUGCACAAGUUUUGUUCAUGGCUGCGAAGAAGAAAAUCUUAUUUACUGCUUAGUGGUUGUCGAAAUGCUGAAUUAAAGGAAACCUAUAGCGAAAUGCUUAUAAUAAUGGGGAGUUUUGAACGGCCCGGUUAAAACCUAAGGUGGGAAUAAGCUUCAAUUGAUAAAUGUCAGCAGUUUCGAGUUCCCCUCAGGUAGUUGAUUUUGUAGCCAAUGAGUUGCAUAAGAAGUAAUCACUUAUUUAGUUAUUUUUACAACGUUCCGCUAGUCUAAAUAAAGACUUGUGCCACAACCGAAUCUCUUUAAAAGUAUGCGCAGGUUUCUUUUUUACAAAACUGUUAAAUAAAAUGGCCACAAAUAUUUCCAGGUGUACAGUAAUUGUGAAUUGAUGGUUCACCUAGUUUGUUGUGUGAUGUUAAAAUUAUGUCAUUAUCAUUAUUUUGUAAAAAAAUUGCCAUUAGUAGGUUUUUUUUAAUGAGAAAGUGGCUAGUUUUGAUUUUUGGAGAAGAAAAUUCAUAAUAAUUGUGGCUUUUCCUAAAGGGGGACUAUAGGCAGGAGGAGAGGGACUAAUUGGGCCAUCUUUAAGUUACAAGUAUACACAGUAAGGGCCCUUGGUCAUGUCUGACUUAGCACUAAAUAUAUCCCUCAUACAAGCGUGAAUCAUUUCGAUCUACUUUGAGAUGUGAGAGACCCCUAUUGGCGGCUUGGUGUAACUAUCUUGCCUGCCUAGCUGCUGUCUAUAUUGUCCCUUUAAGGCUCAAUUGCCAGUCAGUGGUUUCCUGGUUGUUGGUGGAAAUCAUGAGGUUAACAAUUCUCAACUGCUUGUUGAAUGAAUGAUUAUAUGUGACCCGCUCUACCAAAACUAGGCGCUUGUCGCAUCUGAACUUGACAGGUUGAUACGGACUUGUUGUUCAUUUCCCUAUUGUAGACCUUUUGUUGAAUGUGACCAAAUCAGUUUGUAAUAGAUUUCACAAAAGGUCAACAAUAGGGAAAUGAACAACAAGUCUGUAUCAACCUGUCAAGUUCAGAUGCGACAAGCGCCAAGUUUUGGUAGAGCGAGUCACAUAUGUGACCCAUUACACAAAAGGGGUAUUAACCCUUUCCCUGUGGGUGACGUGCAUAGCACGUCAUGUACAUGGUGCCAUAUCGUGCGGGUGACAUGCAUUGCACGUCAUGCCCAUCAAAAGUACAAAUUCACCAGCGCGUGGUCGCACCCUCUCUAAACACGCCAAAUGAGCUCGGGGAUAAUUAGUUUCAUCCUAAUAGUACAGAUGGCCACACUUAUGAAUAGUUUUGACUGUUCCGAUAAAAGUAAGCUCCACUCCACAUCACUGGUGUCGGCUGCCGAAAAAUGACUGCCACAGCGAAAGGGUUAAGUCACAUUUGCUACAAGGAGGUUAUUGUCAGAUAAUUUGAACCUUGAUGUUAAGUGUUCAAAUAACAGAGUUGACAGUAUAAAUAUUUUGGCAUUAAGUUAUUAAAUUUUUUGUACGAGGGGCAUCCAUUUGAGAGGGGCGGGGCAAAAACAUUUUUGGAAAUGACCUUGAAAUUUCAGAAAUUCCCUGCAAAAGCUCCCUUUGUGCAGGGAUGAUUUUUGGUUUUAUUUUGAGUAUUCUCCUCUUGAAACUGGUUAAACGGUUAAACUUGACAGAACCAACGGCUAGUUUAUGCCUCGGCCCUCUGAGGACAGUUUUAAGGACAUCCUUUUCACAAUAAAAACAGUUAUACAGUUUUUUUUGUUCGGAGCACUUUCAUGUCCCUGUUUAUACAAUCAGUUAUUAAUUAAAUGGAUUUUGCAUCGUGAUGGAGAUUGUGCAAAACCAACAUAUUUUUGAAUGGAUGCUUCAAGAUAUUUUGUUUAGUUGCAUUAAGCGAUAUCUUAUGUAUGAAUUCUCGGUAGAAUCUUUUUAUUAUUAUGGAACUGUUUCAAUUCCAGUGAAGAAAUAAAUGUUUUAAAGACAGU